AUGAGUCCCAACCUCAGGCGGGCCCUUCCCGACCCCGCCGCGUCGCAGAUGCACAAACCCACUCGAGAAGUCGAGCCACCGAUGACUCCUCCCCAGAGCGCUCGAGCUGAGGAGGCAGAAAGACAGGAUGAGAUUGCCCGCCGUCACCAGAGGCCGGACAUGGCAGUCCGGAUCGCUAAGCAAUCCAGCAGCGCAUCUCGUGCCGCUGCAGCAAGAAUGGCGAGUUCGGAGGAGAUCGUCGGAGAGCGCCACCGCCAGAGUUUGCGCAAAACGGCACACGUACCCUCCAAUACCGCAGCAGGAAAGAGACCACAGUCCUCGUUCCCCUACAUCGCUCCGCUUUUGCAAGUCAGCUCGCGGCCCAUGAAGUCCGUUCCGAUCCCCCCGCCCCAUCUCGCCGCGCAAGAGGAGCGGGAGAAACGCUCCAGGCAGGAAGAAGGGGAUUACUCGCUGGGCUCGCGAAGCGCCCCCAGGAAGUCGCUCGCGUCGAUGUCGGUGCAGCGCCGCGUUGGGCAGUCUCCUCGGAAAGCACCUGUGGGAGGGCCGGUGGCUGGUGUCCGCGCUGUUGGUGGGGAUGCAUUUCCCGAUGCGCGCGUCCAUGUCGGACGGAGAGGAAAGUUAGUGUAUGGAAGUAGUGAGAGCGAAUCCGAGAAAGAGGUGGUCUCGCUGUCGGAGGACGAGGACGAAGUAUCCGUUCCGGCGCGCCCUGCACUGGGUCGAAAAACGGUGUUCAUCGCUAGACGCGGCAUAAACGCCGCGCGUAAGACGAACCCCCUGCGCAAGCUUACCAAAGCCGCGAGAAAGCUCGAUCUCGACGAUAGUCCGGGAACAGCGCUAGCUGCGGGCAAGAGAGCGCGCAAGCGGGACGUUUUAGAGCUUCUAUCGGACGAGAGCGACGACAACCGCGAAGAUGUCAUAGAGCUGACGGAUUCCUCGUCUUCCUCGGAUAUCCACGAAUUGUUGGAUGUGUUUGCUGCGUUGACUCUGACCACUUCCCGGCUGCAGCAGUAUCGGAAACUUCCUUUUCUCCUGCGGAACCUUCGGAUGGGGUUUGAGUCUCGGUGCCGGACGUUCCGGAUCCCAAUCGGCCCAGAGGAGUUCCCUAAACAUCCAGUAGAAGUCAUUUACCGAUACGCCAUUCAGGAGAGCGAGUCGGACGAUUCGGAUGUAGUGAUCGUGGAGCCCAAAUACCAGGAAUUCGUUGGCAUUUUGACGGAGUGGGCUUGCCCGAUGUGUGGGCUGCAUAAACCCUUCAGGAACAGGGCCAUGCUCGUGUAUCAUCUGGAAAAAGACCAUGCCGAAACGAAAGUAACCUGGGAUGAACUGAAAGGCCAGGAAGAGAAAGGUUGGAAACUGUCUCUCUUCCUCCCCGACGUCGACGAGCUUGAAGACGAUACUUCCGAGGGCAACGAGGAGGGAAGCGAAGACGAGAGAGAGGAUGUUCCGGUCGAGGAUGACGUUGGGUUCCCUCGGCACACUUCAGACAGUAAACGAGUCAAGAAUUCAGAGCCGCUACCAAUGCCCGCGCUACUAUUCCUGCCUGAAAGCGACGACGAAGGUAGUACAUCCGUCACUCCGCUACCCCUCUCUACAGAGCCAGAGUCGGAGGACAUCAAGCCGACACCUACGACGCCGAUCAAACGUCGAAUCUCGCUAAAGCCCAUGACGGGAAGGCCUAGUCUUGCGACGGCACCUAGAAGGUCCUAUCGAGGCUCGCUCCCGGCUCGCUACCCUAGCCCUCCGCCGCCGGACGACCCCCAAGGUCCGGCUGCGCAGUAUCCAUACUUACCCCAGACGACGGCUGAUGGGCAGGAGGAGGUGUACUCGUGCCGCGUCGGGGGCCCGCGGAUCUUUGAUUUGCUGAACACGCUUCCUACGGACGAGAAGUUCGGCAUCAUGGCCUGGGAGAUCGUUCACCGGGAGGAGGAGUUGUUCGAGAUGGAGGACGUCCGCGACGAAGACAAGGUUAUGCUGGCGCUCUGGAACAGAUAUAUCAUCAUGAACAGGCAGGAUUUCACGAAGAAUGAUUACUAUGACGGAUUGAUCAAGUUCAUCAACAAAUAUUGGGAAACCAUACACCAAGCGGCCGGAUGGCGUGCCCUCAGGGCCUUCCUGAUUAUGCUAUGCUUGAACAGGUAUCUCAAGUUCGAAGAUAUUCUAAAAGUAUUAGAGCACUACGAGGAGAAAACGGGCAUGGAUCUCUGGUACAAGGACACCCCAAGCGGAGGAGGAACCUGA